AUGACAGGACCCUCAGAAGCUCAGACGUUGCUCAGGCCUCGUCGUGUGUGGUUUGAAACGAAACAUGAUGCGUCUCCUGCUACUGCCUCUGUUCCUCUUCACAUUGUCCAUGGCCUGCAUGGGUCAGACGUUUCAGUACUCCCGCGGCUGGACCAAUGGCAAGCGAGCACUUACUCCACCGUCUCUUCUGAGCCAUGGACAUUUCAAUCGAGCCAGCGAUUUGGGUUUCUCAGAUCUGUAUGACGUUCAGGACUGGAGUAGUGAACGCAGGCUGGAGCGCUGCCUGGCGCAGCUGCAGCGAUCCCUACUGAGUCGGGUCUAUGGCUCCGUGGUGGACUUCAAUGCGAAUCGACCCGAACCGGACUCUAGCGACAGUGGCAGCUCCCGCAACCGAGCCAAUAACAACAACGAAAAUGUUUUAUAUCCGACUCCCAUUCAAAAUCGUCAUCACUCAUCGAAUGAACUUCUUGAGGAAAUCUCUGCUGCGGUGGCCGGAUCCGGACCGACGGGUGCGGGCUCAGGGGAGCCGAGCGUGUUUGGAAAACACUAGCUCAGUUUUCGAAAUGUUAUGGUAUUUUAAAACUUUUGUGGAACUAGCAAGAAAAUGCUACAAAAAUGUAAAAAAAAACAAUGUUAUAUUUGUUGGCACAUGGUCAAUAAAAGAAAUCUUUAAGUAACAGAA